AUGCAUUUUUGGACCACGGUCUUUGUCUUGUGUGCAGUAUGGCCCAGAGCUUUGUCUGUGACUCGUUACUCCAUAGCCGAGGAGAUGGAGAGGGGCUCUGUUGUGGCUAAUCUGGCUGAGGAUUUGGGACUGGAGCUUGGAGGUUUGGCACAGCGAGAGGUAAAACUUGAUAUUUUUCAUAACAAAAAAUAUUUAGACGUCAAUAAAAAGACAGGGGAAUUGUUUAUCGUGGAAAAGAUGGACAGGGAACAUCUUUGUCCGAAGAUAGCCUCUUGUUUCCUGAAGCUUGACGUUAUCAUAGAGAGCCCAUUACGCAUCUUUAACAUUGAGCUUGGAAUAACGGACAUAAAUGACAACGCACCACAUUUUCGACGAGACAGGGUAGAGCUCGACGUCUCAGAAUCAGCAGCACCAGGAGAGAGGUUCUCCCUGCCUAAUGCUGUGGAUCCAGAUGUUGGCAUAAAUACGAUCAAAACAUACAAACUCAGUGUUAGUGAACAUUUCACAAUCGAAAUUCAGACGGGCAGUGAUGGCACUCAGUAUGUUGAUUUGGUGUUGGCGAAAUCUUUAGAUAGAGAGGAGAAAGCGGUACAUAAUCUAGUCCUGACUGCUGUGGACGGCGGGGUCCCUGUGCGCUCCGGCACUGCCAACAUCAUUGUUAAUGUACAGGACACAAACGAUAAUCCUCCUCGGUUUGACAAGCAGACCUACACUAUUAACAUGACAGAAAAUUCCCCUAUAGGAGCCUUGGUGAUGAAGCUGAAUGCUACGGAUCUUGAUGAGGGUCUUAAUUCAGAGAUAGUGUACUCAUUCACCCUUUACACGUCAGAGAAAACACAGGACGUCUUUGCACUGAGUCCUAACACUGGAGAGAUAACUGUGAAGGGCACAAUUGACUAUGAAGACAUGAAGUUUUAUGAGAUGCACAUUGAGGCCAGGGACAAAGGGACACAUCCCUUACUGGGCCAGUGUACAGUAGUCGCGCACGUGACCGAUAUGAAUGAUAAUUAUCCGGAAAUAACCAUACAGUCCGUCAAAAGCACAGUGGAUGAGAACAUCCCUGUAGGAACUGUCAUUGCUCUGGUGGGCAUAAGUGACAGAGACACUGGCGAUAAUGGCGAAGUGAGCUUAUCCUUAAAUCAGAACUUGCCCUUUAUUCUUAAUCAGUCAUCAGAUGGACCCAUGCAUUACAAGCUCAUUGUGUCUGCACCCUUAGAUCGUGAGUUAGUUUCGGAAUAUGAUAUCAUACUAAUUGUGACUGAUGCAGGAAAUCCUCCGUUAUCUGAUAAUGAAACGUUACAUCUGCAUCUGCUGGAUGUCAAUGAUAACGCGCCACAGUUCCCUCAGUCAUUUUAUACCAUACGUGUGAUGGAGAAUAACGCACCUGGAGCCCUGCUCAGCUCCCUCACUGCCUUUGACCCUGACCUCCAUGAAAACCAGUAUCUCGUGUAUUUCAUCCUGGAGAAGGAGAUAGCCAACACCUCCAUGUCCAUGCUGUUCUCCAUCAAUCCAGAGAACGGCAAUCUUUACGCACUGAAAACUUUUGACUAUGAGAUCGAGAAGGAGUUUCUUUUCCACAUCGAGGCCAGAGACUCUGGCUCUCCCCCUCUCAGCAGUAACGUCACGGUCCACAUCAUCAUAGUAGACCAGAAUGACAACGCUCCGGUCAUUGUGUCUCCGUGGCGCGCGCACGGCUCGGUGGUGGAGGAGAAGAUCCCCAGGUCCACCGAUAAAGGCUCUCUGGUUUCCAAAGUGAUAGCUUUGGACACAGACUCGGUGCACAACUCAAGGAUUACCUACCAGUUUCUACAGGUGACUGACGCCACCUUGUUCAGUCUGGACCAGUACAACGGAGAGAUCCGGACUAUGAGGAUGUUCAGCUACAGAGACCCGCGUCACCUGAGACUGGUUGUUGUUGCAAAGGACAAUGGGCAGCCUGCUCUGUCUGCUACAGUCACCAUCAAGCUGUCCACGGUGGAGACUGCUGUGAAGACCUACUCUGACAUGACUGAGGAGCCCCUAGGGUACGACAUCUUCUCAGACCUCAACCUGUAUCUGGUCAUCGGUCUGGGCUCGGUGUCGUUUCUCCUGCUCAUCACCAUACUGGUCACCAUCGUGCUCAAGUGUCAGAAAAGCGGGCCCAGCAAAGCGGCUCCUCCCUGCAGGAACAGUGUGAUCAGUGAGAGGAACUCCACCAUCGCAGACUCCACUCUGGUCUCCAACGAUGCCUACUGGUACAGUCUGUUUCUAGCAGAGACCAGGAAAGGAAAGAUGGUGGUCAGACAGCCUGUGCCAAAGGGCUCCAGAUACAUCGUGUCCAGUCUACCAAGAGGAACAGGACUCACGGACUCUAGUGGCUCAGCAGCCUCCACUCUACAGGUGACUGACGCCACCUUGUUCAGUCUGGACCAGUACAACGGAGAGAUCCGGACUAUGAGGAUGUUCAGCUACAGAGACCCGCGCCACCUGAGACUGGUUGUUGUUGCCAAGGACAACGGGCAGCCCGCUCUGUCUGCUACAGUCACCAUCAAGCUGUCCACGGUGGAGACUGCUGUUAAGACCUACUCUGACAUGACCGAGGAGCCUCUGGGGUACGACAUCUUCUCAGACCUCAACCUGUAUCUGGUCAUCGGUCUGGGCUCGGUGUCGUUUCUCCUGCUCAUCACCAUACUGGUCACCAUCGUGCUCAAGUGUCAGAAAAGCGGGCCCAGCAAAGCGGCUCCUCCCUGCAGGAACAGUGUGAUCAGUGAGAGGAACUCCACCAUCGCAGACUCCACUCUGGUCUCCAAUGAUGCCUACUGGUACAGUCUGUUUCUAGCAGAGACCAGGAAAGGAAAGAUGGUGGUCAGACAGCCUGUGCCAAAGGGCUCCAGAUACAUCGUGUCCAGUCUACCGAGAGGAACAGGACUCACGGACUCUAGUGGCUCAGCAGCCUCCACUCUGCAGGGAAAUAUCGUCUUCAGUGACUCAUUAUUCGAUUCCUGA